UCUAGUGCCUGCCAGCAGCUAACCCGCAUUAGUGUCUCCGUCGCAGCCUGAUUGGCGGCUGCCCCUCUUUGCGCCGUUUCCCUGCUCUGGGUUGCCUUGUUCCAACUCCUCAGCAUCUUCAGCUUGCGGACUCCCAGAUAAAAAAAACACUACCGUCAUCCUGAUCCGAGUCCAGCCUCCCUCCAUUGUGCCUUGAUUGCGACGAAGCCAUCCCGGGAUAGCAUCCACCAGACCACGCAGCCAUGGCGCCCCCGACCUACCCCGUUCUCCCGAAGAACCUGCUCAUCAUCUCGCUGAAGAUGUACUUCACCCCAGCCCGCACCCUCGACUACUGCCGCGCCCUCCUCGCCCCCGAAAACGGCAUCGUCCGCCCCGAGAACCGCGCCAAGCUGCUGCUGGCCCUGGUCCCGGACUUCCUGACCAUCUACCCCUGUGCGGAGAUCAUCAGGAACUGGGAGGCCACCCUGCCCCCGGACGACACCCCGUCGUUACCGGCCCCGUUCCUGCUCGGGGCCCAGGACUGCUUCUGGGAGCCAUUGGGUGCCUACACCGGCGAAGUCUCGCCCCAGGCGCUCCGUGCCACGGGCGUCUCCAUCGUCGAGCUGGGCCACGCGGAGCGCCGCGACCUUUUCGGUGAAACCGACGCGCAGACCGGCCGCAAAGCCGCCGCGGCGUGCGCCCAGGGGAUGGUCCCGCUGGUGUGCAUCGGGGAGAUCACGGCGCCGGGACCCGUGGCCUCGCAGGCGGUCGGCCACGCCGUCAGCGAAUGCGCCAGCCAGAUCCAGGCGGUGCUCACGGCGAUCCCCGCGGACGCGCCGGUGAUUUUCGCGUACGAGCCGGUCUGGGCGAUUGGGAAGCCCGCGCCGGCGGGCGUGGAUCACAUCGCGGCGGUGGUGGGCGGGCUCCAGGCGGUGAUUGGCACCCGCGCGGGGGAGGUCCGCAUCCUGUACGGGGGAAGCGCCGGGCCCGGGCUGUGGGGCCCCGGCGGUCUGGGGAAGGCCGUCGACGGCAUGUUCCUGGGCCGAUUCGCGCACGAGAUUGAGGGGGUCCGCCGGGUGGUCAGGGAGGUCGAAGACACGUUGGCAUGAUUGCGAUCGGGUUGCCCGGCUGGGAUGUCUCGGGCGCGAGACUUAGUACAGAUACUGCUACGGAAGUAGUGCUUUUGACGCCAGAGGGCUAAGGGCUAGGGAGAGAUCACGCGGGAUGUAUACACAAUUUAGACUGGCCCCUU